UUACGUGCUGAAUGCUAUUUUAAAUUAAUACGGAACGAAUCGAUGCUGUGUUCCGCAAUCCCGUUAUGAUUAUACCUUUCUUUAAUUAAUUUUAUCUUCUUGUGCUAAUUUUUCGAGUGUAUUGAAUGAAAUUAAUUGUCGUUAUUCGUUAAUUUUGAGGCAAUGCGAAAUUCUUAAUUGCGAAUUUUGAUAAAAGUGUAAAAUGCGUGGCCGUCCGGGAAAAAGGUCUAGAAGUCGCGAUCGUAGGCGGUCAAGAAGCCGUGAUCGUGGCUAUGGUGGAGGUGGUGCAGGUGGCAAUGCCCGGCGUAACACAGCCGGGUCUAACCUACGUAAACCCAGAUGGGACCUCAAUCGUCUAGAACCCUUCAAAAAAGAUUUCUACAUUCCGAGCCUAAUUGUUUCAAAUCGUUCAGUAUACGACGUCGAAGAGUGGCGUAGAAGUAAAGAAAUUUCACUUAAAGGAAAAACAAUACCCAAUCCAGUAUUAACAUUCGAAGAAGGAAACUUUCCUGAUUACGUAAAUACAGAAAUACGUAAGAUGGGCUUCAAAACGCCUACGCCUAUUCAGUCACAGGGCUGGCCAAUCGCUCUUUCUGGCCGUGACAUGGUCGGAAUCGCAUCUACUGGCUCCGGGAAGACCUUAUCCUACAUUUUACCAGCAAUCGUCCACAUUAACCACCAAGCCCGACUGUUAAAAGGCGACGGUCCCGUUGCUUUAGUCUUGGCACCAACACGCGAGCUGGCCCAACAAAUACAGCAGGUCGCAAUAGAAUUCGGACAUUCAUCUCGCAUUCGAAACACAUGCAUUUUUGGCGGUGCUCCUAAAGGCCCACAAGCCAAUGAUUUGAUGGACGGUGUGGAAAUUGUAAUCGCAACGCCCGGCCGACUAAUAGACUUUCUGGAGAGCAACCGAACUAACCUGCGUCGCUGCACUUACCUCGUGCUAGAUGAAGCAGACAGAAUGCUCGACAUGGGUUUCGAACCCCAAAUUCGAAAAAUCAUCGAGCAGAUUCGGCCCGAUCGUCAGACACUAAUGUGGUCGGCCACUUGGCCUCGAGAGGUACAGUCUUUGGCCGCCGAGUUUCUCAAGGAUUACAUACAAAUUAAUGUCGGCUCACUUCAACUAUCGGCGAAUCAUAAUAUUUUACAAAUUAUCGACGUGUGUCAAGAGUACGAGAAGGAGGCUAAGUUGAGCACGUUGCUAAAGGAAAUUAUGGCCGAGACUGAAAACAAAACUAUAAUUUUUAUUGAGACUAAACGACGUGUUGAUGAAAUUACUAGAAAAAUGAAGAGAGAUGGAUGGCCAGCCGUUUGUAUUCAUGGAGAUAAAUCUCAACAAGAGAGAGAUUGGGUUUUGCAAGAUUUUAGAUCGGGUAAGGCACCGAUCCUCGUUGCGACGGACGUAGCGGCACGCGGUUUAGAGGCACAAGCAAGUUAAUGACAUAAGAGUAGAGUCAUUGUGGCUGUGCCUCUCCGGUCGACGGCAACCAUUUCGCCCGGGUCGGCGGCCAUGUUGGAGUCCGUGGUUUAGAACUGCUGGCUAUAACCUGGCCGUGAAUAAGGGCAAGCCCGAGGCACUUAUCGAUCUGCCCUGUGCCGGGCCGUUCGAAGUCUGGUUCUUGGACUGUGGACUGGCUCAGGCUAUGGGCUACUCAGUGUCUCCCUGGGCUCCUCCGCUUUGCCUGUGUGAUUGUCCAGUUACACAUCUCGACUACGGGGGCCCAUAUUUGCUGCACUCUUUGGGCUCUCUGCCCACCAGAUAUUGAGUAAACAAUGUUUGGUACGCAUCGAAAUUUUGAUUGGUACUUUAGGGAUUUUUAUUGAGGUUUGACCAAUCAUAAUUAAGGGUUGAGUUUAAUUGUCUUGAACCACAAGUGAUUAUUUGCGACAUUGGUCAAAUUUCAUUUUAAAAUCGUGCAUCUUAAAAAAUAUUACCUACUUCUCUUACACGUUUAUUUGUUAAUUUAUACUAUCAUAUUCUUGAUUGUAAUUUUGUACGCAUAUAAAUAAUUAAAACUUCAUCUUAUAAUUUAUUGAUGUGCUUAUGUGUACCUGUUAGGCGGAGUUUACUUUAUGCAAAUUAUGUUUAACUAGUGAUACUCAAAUGAGCCUAAAGAGAUCUUAGAGCAACACUACUUUCAGUGUUGGCGUCUGGUUUAACAUGUAUGUUGCAUAAUGUAGACUUUUACAAUUUAAUUUUGAGUACGAUUAAUAAAUACUUUUUAUUAAUUUAUUGGUUCUGUUUGGUUUAUUAGGAGUAACGUACAGCAGAUAUUGUUUUAUGAUUUGAUGUUUCUUAUUUUUACUAGGUUCAUUUAAUGACGUCAAGAGAAAUACUACUCCUAAUUCUUUUAUUUUAAGAAAUACUUUCUUUGUGAAUCAAAUGCAAUUAACCACUAGUGUACCCUUUUUGUGUUUUCACAUUACAAUUAAUUCUAAAAUAGUAUUGUACUUACAGUGUUAUUUAAGCUAUGUAUUUUCUUCUUAUUCUACAACAUUAGUAAAUUAUAACGUAACUCCUUUUUAAUGUUCACA